CCCACCCGCCCGUUCAAAUACCUGGCGGGCCUCCCCGGCCUCUUUUCUCCUCCUCUCGCCUACUGCCUUGUCUCUUUUGCCGAGCGACCUACUUUCGCGGCCUGCACUGCCUCUAAAACCUUGUAGUAUUUUAUUUUUCUUGUUUGUUUCCUUGUUGUCUUGAAUUGCCCCCGUUCAAGCUCACUCUCGUUUGGCCUCUCUCUCUGGCAUAUCGGCCGUCGUCUCGUGUAGUCACCGAGUGCGGCGCGUAUCCAAACGCCUACGCUCCGCCACGCUUCGAGGACUUGGGGGAAAUGGUCACUCGCUUCUGACGAACAACGAUACGACGCGAACAAGCAGUGAAAAAGGGGAGAGACACGCGGACGGACCAUGGACUCGCCUCCUGCGCGGCUGCAGGAUGCCGCGGGUGAGCCCUCGCUGCCAGCCGCCAGCUCAUCCACCAUGACGGGCUCGGGCUCGGCCGCGGCCUCGACGUUGACCUCGUCGUCUGCCAACGCGUCCGGCACCAAGAGAUCUGCCCCGGCCCUGCUGCCGGCGUUUGAACCGCUCUCGUCCUCACCGGGCCUGCCGCGUCCCCUCAAACGCCAGAACACGGGCAGCUCCGGCGCGCACAAGUACCCAACUCCAGUGCCCACGUCAAGUACCGGCAUUCUCUCGAGCUCCCCGCUGCGAAGGCCGACGAGCUUUCUCCGCCGGAAAGCUUCGGGUGGUGUUGCCAUCGACAGUGCCGACGCCUCACCGUCGGAGCGCGCCCACCACCAUUACCAACACCAACACCAGCACCGCGCCCCUCUCUCCGCCGUGCCCGCCCUUGAGCUGCCCGAGAAUGGCGAGGCCGUGGCCAUGGGCCGUUCCAGCAACUCUUCGCAGUUCCAGCUCUCGGCCAACCGCCUCGUCUCACGCGUCCACCUCACCGCGCGAUAUGUCGCCGCCGCAAACCCCCUGCAGGCGAACCGCCUCGAAAUCUUGUGCACCGGAUGGAACGGCCUCAAGCUGCACUGCCAGGGCCGUACGUGGGAGCUCUUCAAGGGCGACAGCUUCACCAGCGAGACCGAGGGCACUGAUGUCCUCGUCGACGUCCUCGACGCGCGUGUCAUGAUACAGUGGCCCAAGCGGAGGGCCGCCCUGGCUGAUACCGCGGCUAACCUCUCCGAUUCGAGCUGGGACGACUCACCGCCGAGGUCCCGCCAUGCGAGGGCAAACUCGCUGCUGCUGCAAUCAUCUCCCCUCCGUCGCACCACGCGCAUCGCGUCCCCCGAGAGCCCGACCCCGGCCGGCCCUGGCGGCCAUCUGACGAGUUCGCAGCGCCUGCAGGCCUUGCUGCCGACAGGAAGCCGCGAGAGGGCAGCGGCGGAGGAACAGGCCAGCAUUGAGAUUUACGAAGAUGAGCCGGAGCUGCCCGAGCCCAAGGGUGAGGCGGCCAUCAUGGUGGACGCCGGCGCGAGCAUGCGGACGGAGGCCACGAAUAGCUUCUCAAGUGACCUAAGCGACCCCGAGGAUGAUGAGCACAACCCAGACGAAGAAAACGACCCCAUUGUGCACUCGUUUGGACCCUUUGGGGCCGACAUCUCUGGCAGGCUGGCUUCGAUAACGACCAAGUCGCCCAAGGCCCCAUCGCUUCCCGGCUCGCCCAUCAAGAAACGCACCGUACCGCCCAUGAAGACGUUCCGUGCCGGCGAGAUUCCAUGCUCGCCCACCCCCAUGGUCAAGGAAGAGACGGAAGAUGCGGUGGCGGCAGCAGAAGCGGCAGCUCUGCCAUCCGUCGAGGAGCUUGAUCCGAGCAUCACCAACCACGUCAUCAACCAACUCGCCUUCUCGCGACUGUCGUCCACGCCCCUCUCCACCAUCAUGCAGAACCUGCCCGCCGAAGCCAAGACGGACCCGAGCCUGACGCCCAACCUGCUGCGAACCGCCAUCGAGGCGACGCCCUGCGUGGGUAUCAUCCGCCGCCAGGGCAAGGACGCCGCGGGCAAGGCCCUCGAGAGCGAGUACUACUACGUGCCCGAGCAUGACGGCGACGAACAGCGGCGGGCGGCCGUGGUAGAUGGGCUGCGCAAGCCGAGCCUACGAAACUGCAGGAAGCAGCACAAGCAAUAUUACUGGAAGCGGCCGCGUACGCCCUAAUGUCAGGUCGUGACCCGCGUCGUGCGCCCCGACGAAUGAUCCCCCCCGCCAUCCCUUCCUUCCUUGUACAUAUACCCGUACUACCUCCUUAUCCAAUGUCUUUUGCUCCGGUUCAUUUCCAUGUCGAGACUUUGAGCGAGGAGAGAAAAAGAAUAACUUGCAUAGCCAGCGGCGUCGAUUGUUUUGGCAACUAUCUAUUAUGAAGAGGGAUGUCAAUGGGCUAAGCGGGAAGGCAAAGCGACGGGGAGAAACGUAGUUGUCUGAUGAUGGAGCCCGCCGUUGACAGAGAUGUCAUUGUCUCUUGCCUGCCUGCUGGCUGUGUGGUGUGGUGUGCGGACCGGAGAGACGAAAGACGCCGGUGUUGAGACGGAGGGCUUUUGUGUGUUUUUAAACUUCUCGACCCUGUACCGUAGCGGAUGAACAUGCUGUGCGCCACGCUCAUGGUGUCAUUGAUCA